UGUUACCGCGACAGAUGACCAACGCAGAAGUAAAAAAGGUCAACUUCAUACGGUAACAUAUCAUAACUUUUAGACAAGAUGCCUUCUUCAAGCAUCGAAUCCUAUUGUACAUUUACGCUAGCUUCCGACGUCACCGCAGGAGGCUUGCCUUCGGAGGAGGACAUAGCGAAAGACUUGGAGAGCAAUGAUAAUAAUGUACGUCUUGCCAUGCUGUGGUUGAGCUCAAUAGACGAGAGGAACGAUGCGAAAGCAGAAAAGAUGGGUGACGACAUUUGUAACAAUGUGUUUGCGUUUGCCGAUAUCUAAUCGAACUUGUUCCUUUCCGUUUUUAUCAUUGAUCCUUGUUUCUUUCGUGCUAGGUUAAAAAACACGCCCUCAAAGCCGCUAUUAUGGCAAUGCUGGGUGGUGAGGCCAUGCCGCGCAUUUUAAUGCAGGUCAUCCGCUUUUGCAUCAACUCGGACGACAAACCCCUCAAAAAAUUGACCAUGUUAUAUUGGGAAGUCGUACCAAAAUAUCAGGAUCUCACGGGGGAAGAGCUUAUACAACAAGCCGCAGGAACUUCUAUUGUUCGAAAACUCCUUCCAGAAAUGAUUUUAGUCUGCAAUGCCCUAAUGAAUGAUCUGAACCACGCCAAUGAAUAUGUCCGUGGAAGUAUGCUGAGAUUCUUGUGCAAGGUCAAGGACGAAGAGAUUCUAGGUCCAUUGAUUCCUUCCAUCAAGUCUUGUCUGACCCACAGACAUUCGUAUGUCCGCAAGAGCGCUGCUCUCUGCGUCUUCCACAUUUCCAAGUUGCAUGCUGAUCACUUGAUCCCCGACGGUCCUGAGCUAAUAGCCCAGUUUUUGGCCAACGAGACGGACAUGUGUGCUCGCCGCAACGCCUUUUUGAUGCUUAUCAACGAAAACGAAGAGUUCGCCUUCGAAUUUCUCGGACAACAUAUCCAGGAAGGAAUUACACAAUUCGGUGAUGGAUUUUGCUUGUGCGUCUUGGAGCUCACCCGUAGAGUCUGUCGCCGGGAUCCCAACCAAAAGUCACGAUUUGUUCGCGUCCUAUUCCAGAUGCUCUCCAGCAACUCAGCAGCCGUGAGUUACGAGGCGUCCUGGACCUUGGUCAGUCUGUCUAAUGCCCCCACAGCCAUCCGUGCCGCAGCUGUCACCUACACUAACCUCCUUAACGGCCAGAAUGAUCACAACAUUCAAUUAAUUGUCUUGGACCGUUUGGAAGCCCUACAAAUCAAACACGGUAAGAUCGUUCAAGAACUACUGAUGGACAUUUUGAGGGCCCUGUCUAGCCCCAACCCAGACAUUUGCCAGAAAGUAUUGGAAAUUGCAAUGGAAUCGAUCAAUACCCGAAACGUCGGGUCGGUCAUUACCACUCUCAAGCGGGAAUUGCAGAAAUCACUUGCCGAGGACUCUGAAAAGAGUCUAGGGACCCGUCACAUGCUUGUUGCUGCCAUCCAUGAUUGCGCAAAAAAGUUCCCCGAGGUUGCAGAAUCGGUUGUUGGAAUUUUGAUGGAGCUCCUAUCCAGUACCGACCGCACAUCUCUGCAAGUGGCUAUGUUUGUCCGAGCGAUCAUUCAGGAACACCCACCGCUUCGUCAAACUUUAGUUUCCAAGUUGUUGGAUUCGCUGGAAGAUAUUUCAUCUCCUCCGGUCAUGUGUGUCGCCCUCUGGAUUCUUGGAGAGUUCACUGAUCCGGAAGAUGCAGAAGACACUUUUGAUGAAAUUGUUAAGGAAGUCGGCUCCACUCCUUUCGUCGUGGAAGAAACCACCGAAGAAACUUCCGAAGAGAGCGAUACGCCGAAGCUAGUGACGAAGAACGUGGUCCUAGCCGACGGAACCUACGCAACACAAACGUCCUACGCCCAGACUAAUACAGCGGAAGAUACCGACAAGACACCGAAACUGCGUAAAAUGAUUGUUGUCCACGGUGAUGUGUUUGUAGCCGAAACCCUGGCGUCCUGUUUGACCAAACUAGCUUUGCAAUUCCCCACUGUAGACAAGCCCCGCACGGCAAAGGUUGUCCUCAUUCUUUGCGCAAUUUGCAAAUUGGCGGAAAGCGGUUCUACAGUUAGUAUGGCCCAACGUUCCUCGGCUUCAGAUUGCCAAGAUCGCUGCUCGAUGUGUUGUCGUGUCCUUUUGGACGAGAAAUCGAGAGAUUUGCUCAAGCCGAUUAUCAUGGAAGAUGGAAAGAAACAACUGGCGAAUUAUUUGGAGAAAGUUGCUCAGCAUCAACCGCAAAAGAAGAAUGUUGCCGAAGUCCCAGUUACACAGGCAGACGAUUUGAUUCACUUCCGUCAGCUCAAGAGCAUGGCUGUGAAUUCUGGUGAUGUCGAUUUGGACGAUGGAGGUGAUUUGGCCAGAGCAACUGGUUCUGAAAAAUCAAGCACUCUCGCUGAGGAACUUUCUCAUUGUUAUCCUCUCAGUGGUUUCGCUGAUCCCGUCUAUGCCGAAGCUUCUGUGACUGUGCACGACUAUGAUAUUGUGUUGAAGAUUCUUAUCAUCAAUCGCACUCCAAAUACUCUGGCUGAUUUGACCGUUGAGCUUUCUACCAUGGGAGAUAUGAAAAUCGUUGAACGACCUCAGGCUCACACCCUUGGCCCCAACGAUCAAACAACAAUUCGUGCUUCGAUAAAGGUUUCUAGCACGGAAACCGGUCAUAUUUUUGGAACGAUUGUGUACACUGACAUGACAACGCAAGAACAGAAACUGAUCAACCUGAACGACAUUCACAUGGAUAUCAUGGAUUACAUUCGCCCAGCAACCUGCAGUGAUGAAAUGUUCCGUAGUAUGUGGGCAGAGUUCGAAUGGGAAAACAAGGUCGCCAUUGCAACAAGUAUUCCCGAAUUGAGCGAUUUCCUCGACCAUAUUGUGGAGUCCACAAAAAUGAAAUGUUUGACUGACCGCCCUACUGACAACAAGUCGACUUUCUUGGCUGCCAAUCUAUAUGCCCGAAGGUAUGUUUUGGUUCCGUUUUUUUUUGCUUCUUCGACAUAUAUGUCGUACUCUCUUCCCGGUUGUCUACUCGAUACCUAUCGCACUAUUACUUCCUGUGUCCGUUUAUACCGCAUAAUAUGUCUCGCGAUAUUUUGACGCCAGACGAAAAAUAACCUCAACUCACUUGCGUACUCUUCCAUAUGUCUCCAUGGUUAAUUGUAGUGUGUUUGGCGAAGAUGCAUUGGUGAAUGUUUCGGUGGAGAAGAAGGAAGAUAACGACGGGAAGUUGGCUGGAUACAUUCGCAUCCGCUCAAAGACGCAGGGAAUCGCUCUAAGUUUGGGAGAUCGAAUCACAUCAGUCCAGCGCGAAGCCGCUGACAAAUAAAUCUUGCUCGACUGUUUAACGUUUAACAUCUUCAGUACAUGAUCAAAUACUCGGACAAUUUCGAUGUUAAAAAAGUCUUAGUGAAUGUUCUACUCCUAGGCAGUAUGUUUGGAUAAGAAUCCAAUGAGUAAUGCGCACUCGUAUGCGUCGAAAAUAACGAAAACAAGCUUAUAAAUGAAACCUUCUUCGAGUGGUAUCCAUCUCUUUCCUCUUGUGGAUCCAUUCAUACUCUCCGAACUGAGUGUCAAAUGCACCUGACUGUAUCCAACGCAAUUUCAAUGUAAAUCUAGGCCCAAGCUCUUGCAGACGGGCUCUGACACGAUCCUUUACCCCCAUCGGUUUUUGAGGCUCGUCCUUCUCUUUUUUCUUUUCCUGAGCAAUAUUCUUUUUCUCUUCAAAUACAUAACGAUGAUGACGAAUGAAUAUAUAAUCACGUUGAUUGUGGAAAGUGACGACUUGCCGACCCUGGAAUUCGGCAUCAUGAGGAAAUACACUGCCGAGUAGUCGACCAACCCUGUGACCUAGACGGGUACCAAAUCCAUGAAGAUUUAACUCGGGAAUAUGCGAUGUCGAGGCGCCGUGAUUGGGAAUAUUCUGCGAAGUGACCACGUUCGAUACUUUGAAAAAUGCGGUUGGCCCGAGCGUUUCCUUGUUUAUUUUUCCAACAUGUGAGAUAGUCAUGCCGUUGCAAUGUUUCUCGUUUUCCGAUAAAAUAAUCACAUGUGUGAAGUCACGGUUGCAGGCAAAGUGACAGAUUUCUUUGAGGGAAAAUUUCUGCCUUGGAUAAAAAUGCAACUUCGGAAUAAGCCGCUGGAGGUCGGCAAUGAAAAAGAACAAUCUUUUUGAAGGCCGAGGACGUGUCGUAACUAGGACUUUCGGUGGAGAUUCAGACUGGAAAUAUCUUGCAAAUUCGUCGUCGGCUUCGUCUGCAAUGACUUCAGGAUCGCUCAUAACCAUAGUAGGUUCCAAUUCUCGGGUAUUGUCCAGAGUCUUCGGUUUUACCUUUGGUUUCCCCCCAUCUUUGUCCUUGCCCAAAGCCUCCGCUUCUUUGUUCCGAAGAAAGCGUUGCCGUUUCUUUUCAUCACGCUUCUGCUGGAGAUACUUUCCAUACACUUCAGCUCUUUUCAUACGGUUCCCGAUGUGGCUAGGAUUUCUAA